AUGUCGGACUCGGGGCAUGUGUCCUCGGUUACGUCAGUAGGGUUCAGGUUGAGCAGAAGCGGGAGGUUUUCAGGAGAGACCGACCCUCUCAUGGAGCGAUUCAAUGCUUCCCUCCCCUAUGACAAGCGCAUGUGGAAGCAGGACCUGGAGGGCAGCAUCGCGUACGCUGCUGCGCUGGGGAGGGCUGGGAUCUUGAAAGAUGACGAGGUGAAGAAGCUGCAGGAGGGGCUGAGGGCUGUCGGGAAGGAAUGGGAGAGCGGGAAGUUCGAGGUGAAGGGAGGGGACGAAGAUAUCCACACGGCAAACGAGAGAAGGCUGACGGAAAUCGUCGGCCCCGUGGGGGGCAAGUUGCACACAGGAAGGAGCAGGAACGACCAGGUGGUAACGGACGUUCGGCUGUGGCUGCGGGAGGAGGUGAGAGCGCUGAUCUCCAACAUGAAGAACCUCAUCAGCGUCGCCACUGAGCGCGCAGAGAAGGAGAUGGACCUGCUGCUGCCCGGCUACACCCACCUCCAGCGAGCUCAGCCUAUCCGCUGGUCGCACUGGCUCCUGUGCUACGCAUGGCAGUGGAAGAGGGACGUCGAGAGGCUGGAGGGGCUCCUCACUCGCGUUAACCUCCUCCCCUUGGGCGUCGGUGCUCUGUCCGGCCAUCCGUUCGGGGUAGACCGCCAUGCUCUUGCCAAGGACUUGGGGUUUGACGGCAUCAUUCCUAACAGUCUGGAUGCGGUUGGGGACCGAGAUUUCAUCCUGGAGUACUUGUUCGCCAGCAGCUUGAUCAUGGUCCACUUCAGCCGCUUCGCCGAGGACCUCAUCCUCUACUCCUCCACCGAGUUCGGCUUCGUCUCGCUCGCCGACGCCUACAGCACGGGCUCCUCCCUCAUGCCGCAGAAGAAGAAUCCUGAUGCUCUAGAGCUCCUGCGAGGCAAGUCGGGCAGGACCAUCGGGCAGACCGUCGGGCUGCUGGUGACUGUCAAAGGGACGCCGUCGACGUACAACAAGGACCUGCAGGAGGACAAGGAGCCCUUGUUUGACGCCGCCGACACCUUGGAGGCCUGCUCUCUCAUUGCUAACGGAGUCCUGUCAACCCUGGUGACCAACAAGGACAAGAUGCUCAAGGCUUUGGAUCUCCCAAUGCUCGCGACCGACCUGUCGGAUCAUCUUGUGCGCAAGGGAAUUCCCUUCAGGGAGGCGCAUCAUGUCGCAGGGGCGGUAGUGAAGCUCGCAGAGGACCGUAAGUGCUCGCUCGAUCAGCUCACGGUGGAGGACCUCAGAAAGAUCCAUCCAUCCUUCGACGACUCGGGCCCAGGUGGGAUGUGGGACUACGAGGCAGCGGUGGAGCGACGGCAGACGGACGGAGGGACUUCGAGGCGAGCGGUGGGGAAGCAGAUCGAGGAGCUCAAGGCCUGGUUGUCGCAGUGA